CACGAAGGGUCAAGUUGCUCCGCUGGGGAAGGGAUGAUUCACAACACAUCAACACAGCCUUCCGUCGCCAAGAAAAUAUUAAGAAUCAACAUCAUCCCGACCAUGCACUAGACGCGCGUAAUGGCUCUCCUUGAGUACUAGACGGGUACUCUGAGCCAAAAUAAUGACCAGCCUCAAUUCUGAUCUAACGUCACAAAUACCGGAGUUUCCUUUCGUCUGGGAUUAGCGCACAGACAAGGUGUCUCGAUGUUACGCAAGCUUACGAAUGGCCAGGCUCCCAUUUGAAGAUAUAACGGAUGGUGAAUCAAGUCUUAAAGUAGUAACAUACCAACCUCCUGUCUGUCACUGGUAAUAUCCGAAUAUAAGCCGGGUACCAUUCGGCACCACGAUGUCCUCCAGCGCCAGAGCUGCUACCAAAGGAAAGGAGACGCGGAUUCGGAAAUCACUUGGGAAGUCCCAGCGGGCAUGCUCAGCUUGCCUGAAAAAGCACACAAAGUGCGAUGAAUCCCGCCCCCAGUGUUUAAAAUGCAUCAAGUACUCGCGGGUAUGUACUUACGGCGAAACGGAUCCUUCGAAAGAAUGGCAGCGGAAUAUUCUUACUUUUAAUACGCGCGAUCUUUCGGGUGAAUCGAGCAAAAAGGCUUCCGAGAAAUCAAAACAUGGUACUCACUCAACCACUGACAGCGAUUCUUCGGAAGCUACAACAGUCAGUAGACGACAAGAAACAUCCUGUGUACCUCGUGGCGUCCCUGCGCUGGCUGGAGAAGGAUACAGUGGACGGGAUGUUCAAGCCUUGUCUCAUUUUGCCGCUGUAACUGCCGGAGACCUUAUUGGCGGCGAGCGGAUUUGGACCCAAGAGGGCAUACAGCUCGCAUUCACAAAUGAUUUCCUCAUGCACGCCAUCCUUAUGACAGGUACUUCACAUCUUCAACGCCUCAACCCAGAAACCCAUCAGGAUUAUAACGCCCUAUCAACCAAGCACCUCCACCACUCCCUUCGCGCCUUUCGGAUUGCACUCAGCAGCCCCACCUACGUGGCGAACAAUUUCGAAGCCGUUGUAGCCACCACCAUGCUCUUCAUGAUGCAGGCGUACAACAACCCAAUUUUCGAUCCAGAGAACCCCAGCGUCGAUGCCUUGCUCCAACACUGCAGCGGACUCUUUGAUAUCAUUCGGUUCCAUCCUAACCAGGCACCCUUUACCAUUUUUCAGCCAAUUUGCUUGCCCAGACUCGUUCGUGCUGCAAUGCCAGACUCUGGCCCGGCUCGUGGCCUGGUCGAAAUGAUUGAGAGUCAUGCUCUGGACUAUGGCAUUCCAGAUCCUAAUGGAAAGUUUUACAUGGGGGUUAUUAAAAGCUUAGCGCCUGUUAUAGACGCUGUGAUAUCGCGGCCACCAUUUGGAGGGGCACCGCCAAACGCACUGCUGCUCUACUUUGUUCGUUGGCUCGCAUUUCUACCCACCGAGUUUGUCAUGCUAGUCAACUCUUACGAUCCGAAGGCCCUGAUUAUCAUGGCCCAUUAUUAUGCGGUAGUGGCAUUUGUCUUGUCGAAUUGGAAGAACGGGUGGUGGUGGCUGCGAGAUCGGCCGGAGUAUAUGAUUAAGAAUAUAGCGGCGUUUGUGGAUUCUCGUGGAUGGGGAGUUUGGAUGAAAUGGCCAUUACUGUUGCUACAAUUUUGCCAAAAGAGCGAUGGAAGCUUGGGGCAAUGGUCCUCUUUGAGCAAGACCCAUUCUGAUGAUACUGGUGCGGCUGAAACGGAGAUGGGAAUAUUGGCUACGGUGGAGAGGCACGCGAGAAAGAUCGCGGCUGAGGAGUGAUCAUAUACGCCUUUCCGUUGCAUCCCACACACAUUUCAUGAUCACUUAUCCGUAUGGAUUUGAAUAUAUAAACACCGAAAUAAAGAGAUGGUAAAGGAGCUAAUCUAGAUGUUAGAGUAACAAGAUCAGAGCUGGUGCUCAAAUCCAGAGAUACGAAAGGAUCUAGAGAAAAGGUGUUGGCAUAUAAAUAGGUCGCGUGGUCUAAUGGUUAUGACGUUUCGCUCACAAAGUAUCAUAAAAUAUGAUAUCCGAAAAGGUUCCGAGUUCGAUCCUCGGCGUGACCUCGAAAUAAAUCUUUUGGCAACAUGAAUAUCAGAAACAACUACAGUGCUUCCGAUAGAGAGACUAACGUACAGAGACUCUAUCGUGGUGGUGUCCAGAAACGUGAGAGCAGAGUAGGAAUUAAAUAACAAGAUUUAUAUCAAAU